GAACUUUGAACCAAACGUAUAACCACACUAUUGCUCAUCAAUUACCUAUUUAAUAGCGAUCGCGCAUUGCUUUCAACAUGCCCAAAUUCUUCUGCGACUACUGCGAUGUUUACCUUACGCACGACUCCAUGAGCGUGCGCAAGGCUCACAACAGCGGCCGAAACCAUCUACGAAAUGUAGUCGACUAUUACGAACAAAUUGGCCACGAGAAGGCCCAGUCGGUCAUUGACUCAAUCACGUCUUCUUAUGCUGCCGAGGGUCAGGCCCACGCGAACCCCAUGCUUCCUCAGAAUCAGCCUGGUCAUGGCUUUCCUCCGCCUCCCUUUGGCUUCCCAGGUGGUGUUCCUCCUCCAUUCCCCGGAAUGCCAGGCGCCCCUCCUGGACAAUUUCCUCCACCUCCUGGCGGCGGUCGAGGCAUGCCUCCUAUGCCUCCAUUCCCCGGGGCCAAUGGCAUGGGCAUUCCUCCUAACGGUUUUCCUUUCCCUCCUCCUGGUGGUUUCCCAUUCCCACCUCCAGGUGCCCCCGGAGCUCCUGGUGCUCCCGGUGCUGCGUUCCCCGGCAUGCCCGGCAUGCCUCCACCUGGCCAGGGCUUCCCUCCCGGUGGUAUUCCACCACCUGGGUUUGCUCCCCCUGGCGCAGGACCCCCUGGACACGAGAAGCGAUAGAUUUCUCCCGAGUUGCUAGGGAGGAGUUUGGGGCUGGUUUUGCCCAUAGCAUUGUUGGCGAAUUAGGCGUUAAGGCAGUAUCUGGGAAAAUGGAAAGUAUCACCAGCCUGAGAUACUACGAGGUUAGAAUCGAAGAACUUUUUUAUCCUUCUUUCAAAUAACUACAGUUUGGAUUACAUCAAUCAUGACUCUUUUCAUCUUAAACGGUCUGGAUAGCCCAUCGUUUCUUAUCUGCUGCCUCUCCAGACACAAGCAAACUGAUUGAUAUAUAUAUGUGCAUUAGCUAUCUUACAUCAACAGCCACUCCUACCCAGUAGCAACGUGCAAGUGUCCUCCAAAUAUCAUUCCAUAUAGAACAUUUCGUAACAAUAAUUCCAGAUAGCAAACCAUAAACAUGACCGUUUUCGUAAUCCUCCAUCAUUCGUAAAGCGUGAAUCAUCUCUGUCGUGAACCUUUUGUCCUUAUAUCUUCC